GCGUAAUUAGGGUUCUACGAUAUGAAAUCUUACCGCCAAAAAAUCGACAACAAACGAACUUAACCUCAAAAUCAAAGUGAAUUGACUUCUGUGAUCUAAAAAUUCUUUAUUUAAAAAACUGGGGUGAAAUUCGUUGGUGUAAUGGAUAAAAAGAAAUUCAGUUCACCUACGCAACACACACUCAAGCGAAUAAAAUGCGAAGACUUCUAUCGACCCACUCCUCCCCCUUCAGACCCUCAAUCCGAAAGUUUCAUAUUUCAAGAGAUAGAAAUAGACAGCUAUAUUGGCAAUGUGUUCCCUGGCAUGCCAGGUCCUCAAAAAGGAAUGGUUCCGAUCUUGAGAAUGUAUGGCAUUACUAAAGAGGGGAAUAGUGUAUGCUGCCAUGUUCAUGGGUUUUCACCAUAUUUUUAUGUCAAUUUGCCUGCAUCCUUCACAUCAGCAGAUUUACCUGCAUUCAAGGAAAAAUUAGAUAAUGCAGUUAUGGCUGAUGUGAGAGGAGGAAAGAAAGCUGAGUUUCCAGAAGCAGUAUUGGCUGUGGAGAUUGUCAAAGGAAAAUCCCUUGUUGAGUAUACUGGAGAUGAGGAAAUAAAUUUUGCAAAAAUUACAGUAACUGCCCCAAAAUUUCUUCCUCCAGCAAGAAGACUACUUACAACUACAGUUGUAUAUGAACCUCUCAAAAAUCAUAGUUUUUCUGUUUAUGAAGGAAAUGUAGAUGUUGAAACUAGAUUCAUAGUUGAUUGCAACAUACUAGGUUGCUGCUGGAUUGAAUUACCAGCCAAAAAAUGGUCACGUAGGAUCGCAAUGUCGGAUCACCGACCAAUGUCUAGAUGUCAAAUAGAAGUUGAUGUCUCAUGGACGGAUUUUAUUGUACACGCUCCUGAAGGGGACUGGGCACAUGUUGCAAAGUUUAGAAUACUCAGUUUUGAUAUUGAGUGUGCUGGGAGGAAAGGUAUCUUUCCUGAGCCUCAAGUGGAUCCAAUCAUACAGAUUGCCAAUGUGGUACAACUGCAUGGAGAGAAAGAUGUCUUGUAUAGGAACAUAUUCACCCUUAAAUCAUGUGCGCCUAUUGGACAUGCCGAUGUAUACUGUUUUGAAAAAGAGGAAGAUAUGCUCUCUGAAUGGGCAAAUUUCAUAAGAGCCUUAGAUCCAGAUAUAAUAACAGGCUAUAAUAUAAAUAACUUUGAUCUACCUUAUCUCAUUGACAGGGCAAAACAUAUGAAGCUGAAUAGAUUUUGUUAUCUAGCUAGAUUGACAGAUGUACAGUCAGUGGUUAAAGAAAACGUGACACAAACGAAAAUUGGCAGAAGAACAUUCAAAUCCGUCAAUCUUGAUGGUAGAGUUGCUUAUGAUAUGUUGAUGGUAAUGAAACGAGAUUUUAAAUUUAGAUCAUACUCUUUGAACAGUGUAAGUCAAGAAAUUCUUGGAGAACAAAAGGAAGAUGUCCAUUACAGUAUUAUUACGGAUUUACAAAAUGGAGAUGACCAAAGUAGAAGAAGGUUAGCUCUGUACUGCUUGAAAGAUGCUGAACUCCCCUUAAGACUGUUAAACACUGUUUUGAGCUUUACAAAUGACAUAGAAAUGGCUAGAGUAACAGGUGUUCCUAUAACAAGUCUUUUGACAAAAGGCGAGCAAGUUAAAGUUGUGGCUCAGCUCCUGCGACACGCUCGUCCAGCUGGUUACUUUAUGCCUACACAUCAAGGUGCUCCAGGAAAUGACCAGUAUGAGGGAGCUACUGUCAUUGAACCCAUAAGAGGCUAUUAUACUGAACCUAUUGCAACACUUGAUUUCAGUUCACUGUAUCCCAGCAUUAUGAUUGCACAUAAUUUAUGCUAUACUACAUUGAUUAGAGGUCCUAUCAAAGAAAAACUUGGAUUGACCGAUGACCUAGUGACCUCAACCCCCGCAAACUGCAUGUUUGUGAAAUCAUCCGUAAGACCAGGUCUUCUACCACACAUUCUACAACAUUUACUGUCAGCCAGAAAGAAAACUAAAGCUUUAUUGAAAGAUGAGAAGGAUCCUGUAUUGAGAACGGUGUUGAAUGGUAGACAACUGGCCUAUAAAAUAUCUGCAAAUUCUGUUUAUGGUUUUACUGGUGCGCAAGUGGGAAAGUUGCCAUGUCUGGAAAUAUCCGGAAGUGUGACAGCAUAUGGCAGAAGCAUGAUAGAACAGACAAAACAAGAGGUGGAGCAACAUUAUCGGAUAGAAAAUGGAUAUGAGGCUGAUGCUAAAGUUAUAUAUGGCGACACAGAUUCUGUGAUGGUGAACUUCAAAGCUGGCACCCUAGAAAAAAGCAUGGAGCUUGGAAAAGAAGCGGCUGAUUUGAUCAGUGCCAAAUUUAUCAAGCCGAUAAAACUGGAAUUUGAGAAGGUCUAUUUUCCAUAUUUGUUAAUUAAUAAAAAAAGAUAUGCUGGAUUGUACUGGACCAACACUGAAAAUUAUGAUAAAAUGGACUGCAAAGGUAUUGAGACUGUUCGUCGAGACAAUUGUACCCUAGUGGUUGAUGUUAUUAACGUAUGUCUUCAAAAGUUAUUGAUUAAAAAAGAUCCUGAUGGUGCCGUCAAUUAUGUCAAGCAAGUUAUUGCAGACCUAUUGCAGAACAACAUAGACAUAUCUCAGCUAGUCAUAACCAAGGAGCUGACAAAAAACGAUGAGGAUUAUGCGGCUAAGCAGGCUCACGUUGAACUGGCCAAAAAAAUUGCUAAGAGAGAUCCAGGAAAUGCUCCUAAAUUGGGCGAUCGUAUUCCUUAUGUUAUCAUUGCUGGUAUUAAAAAUGCUAAAGCAUAUGAAAAGGCAGAAGAUCCCAUUUACGUAUUAGAGAACAAUAUCCCAAUUGAUGCAAACUAUUAUCUUGAAAACCAGUUGUCGAAACCUCUAAUUCGGAUAUUUGAACCAGUAUUAGGUGAUAACGCAGAAUCAAUACUUCUACGUGGUGAACAUACGAGAAAACGAACAGUAGUCACAUCAAAAGUCGGCGCUUUAUCAGCUUUCACCAAGAAAAAGGAAGUGUGCAUAGGUUGCAAGUCGGUAUUGACAAAAGAGUAUCAAGAUGAAGCCGUUUGCGCUUAUUGUAAGCCCAAAGAGGGCGUUAUCUAUCAACAAGAGUUAUGUCAUCACAGAAUGCUUGAAGACAGAUUCGCUGCCCUGUUCACGGAGUGUCAGCGAUGUCAAGGAUCGCUGUUUGAGGAGAUUUUGUGCACUAGUCGUGAUUGUCCAAUAUUUUACAUCAGGAAGAAAGUACAGAUGGAGUUGGAAGGGACCAAAGCUAAAAUUUCCAGAUUUGGGGAACCCGUAAUUGAGGAAGAUGAUUAAAAUACCUUUUUAUGAUGCUCUUUUAAGAUAAUUAAUUAAUAGUUUUUAAUUCGUUAUGCUCUCAUAGAGCUAGCUGUUUUUUUACUGUAUUCGUUUACCAGAUCGGUGUUGAAAUCAUUAAAUUAGAUCUAUACGAGUCUACACCUAAUCUCUGAAACUUAUAUCUUUACUUCCUCGAGAACAUAUAUUAACAGGAAAAUAUAAGACCUAACUACCUGAAUCCUAAGUGACUGUGUGGUGCCUUUGGUCUUUUAGAGCAUAUGGUGACCAUGCUUAACAGGAUUAACCAAUAAAGGGGCAG